AUGCUUUACAAAUCUUUGUUACUAGCUUCACUCAUUUCAUUAUCACUAGCUAAUCCAUUUGCGGAAGCAGACCCAUUAGCAUGGGCAGAUGCAAACCCAUAUGCCGAAGCAGCAGCUGAAGCCUACGCUAAAGCUCUAGCAGAAGCUAUGGCUAUUGCCCACCCAGAUCCAGAAGCUUAUGCAUUAGCAGCCUCAGCUGAUGAUUGUGCUACAAUUGGAUGUCAUGCCGCUUGUGGUUAUUUAAUCAUUGAUGGUUCAGCUUGUUCAGAAAAUAAGACAGAUAGUUAUUCAGGCCCUUAUAACACCACUUGUUUAUGUGCCAGUGAUGGUCAUUUCAUGAACAGAUACCCAAGUUGUAUGGAAUGUGGUUGGACUUUAUGGAAAUAUUAUGGACCUUAUGUCACUAGUGCUUUGGAAGCUUGUUCCACUUUAUCAACAGAACCAACUGGUACUCUGAGAUGUUCCACCACCUUAAGUCAAAGUUACACCAAAGAUGCAAAUGCUGGUUGUGCCUUUGGUGGGGCUUGUGUUAGCUCUAGCACAGCUGGUGUUUCUAAUGCCACUGUUACUGGUAUCUCGAAUAGUUCGAGCAAUAACACUUCACCUUCUUCCAAUGGUUCAAAUGGUUCAAGUGUUGCAAGGGCAACCAGUGGUGGUGAUGGUAGCACAGCAGCUUCAUCAACUGGCUCUUCAAGUGGCUCAAGUGCAAGCAGUUCUGCGUCGUCUUCAGGUUCAUCCUCUUCUGCCACCAACGGUGCUCAAAUGUUGGUUGCUGGUACCUCCAUCUUUGGUGGUUUAGUCUUAGCCUUGUUGAUCUAG